AUGCAGCAGGAGAAGGGCAAGGGCCAGUUCACGCCGCCCGCCAUGCUGGCAGCAUUCUGCCUCGUCUGCUUCGUGCUGGCCAUUGUCACGCUGAUGUCCGCGCCCCCACGUCUCCAAACUGACCCAUAUGCUGCUGCUCCUCCAACCCCGUCAGCGCUCUCGCCAGCGCGCGCCAAACCUGCUGGUGCCAACGCUGGCGCACAAGCUCAGGCGCACACCGCACCACCGCAAGUGCAAGACGGCGGAGCAGGCAGGUCCACCCGGCACCAGCAUCAGCGUCAACAGCAACAACAGAUAGCAAACGUUGAACUGAGCAGCACAACGCCAACCGCUGCCAUUGCCGAAACCAUCGCUUCACCAUCUCCUUCGGCUCUCAUGCCACCCACAGCAACUGAAGCGCAGCAGCAAGAUGUGCAACAAGCAAACCAACCACAGCACCGGCAGCGGCAGCAGUGUGGCGUGGAUGGUGUAGUGUGCGUGACUGACGAGGAUGCAUCGCGGUACGUGUGGACGAACCGAAGCGAGGAGCUGAGGCGAGUACUGCCACAGAAGGUAUGGACGGAGCUGAUAGAGAUGUUUGCACCAUCCUCUCACUGCAGUCCUCUCGGCCUGCAGCCACACCCACGCACGGGUGAUAUCGAGUCACCACCACCGCCAGCAGCAACAGCAGAGCCCUCACAAACAGGCGUUGUGCUCAUGCACUGCCACGGUCAGUUUGGGAAUCGCUUGGGGGAGUACACAAUUGCACGCAUCGUGGCUGAGACGCGGCGCUGGCCGCUUGUCAUGUGCGACGUCUUCAAGCAAGAGCUCUUCUCAAAGGGCCUUAUAUUCCCCUUUGCAGUGGACCACCCAAUUGACCUGGCUGCAUUUGACCAGCUGCCGGUCGACACACAGGCCGGGCACAACUACGACUUUGACGAGCUGCUUCGUGAUCCCACACCGCGCGUCAUUGACCUGGCAGGGUUCCCCUUUCGCAACUACAGCAUCCUUGCCCAGCACAAGGCCGCCAUCAAGGACGACUGGCUGCGUAUUGACACGUCGUGCUUGGCGGCGCAGUCGCUGCCGCUCUCGCUCCCUGGCCCGCGCGACAUUGUCGUGCACCUGCGCGCGUACCACGGCUGCGAGGGCGAGGAGCACGAGUACGACCCAACAGAGGCGUUUGUAGACCUCCCAUGGGACUACUACGACCGCAUCUUGCAGCGCUACCAGCGAAAGGGCGGGUGGGACACAGUCUGGCUCGCGUCUCGGUGCGGCGAGCACCACCCGAUUGCGCAGCAACUGAUGACCAAGUACGGUGCGCGCGUGAUCCAGGGAGAUGGGAGCAAGAACUGGGCCAGCAUGCACGACUGGCUGUUCAUGCGAAGCGCACGCCGUCUCGUCAUGUCACAGAGCACAUAUGCGUGGUGGGCGGCGUGGCUCGGCGAUGCAGAGGAGGUGCACUAUCCCCUCGCUGGGGACUGGUGGGGUAAAGGGCCGCGGCACACCUUGUAUCCCGUUGACGAGCCGCGCUAUGUGUUCCACGACUUGCUGGCCGACGAGUACUUCCUCACAGCCGCAGACUUGUGGGGUGCAUGA